GCAAUCUCAUCAGAGUGCGUCACUUCUCCAAUUUUUAAACCGAGAUAUUCAAUCGCAAUAAAUUACAUACUCUGUCAGUGACAAGGGACUAAUUUUACAUAACUAACGACAAUGCCGACCAAUGAAAUGAACACGUGUCGUGUCAAAUUUUCCGUUAAGUUGGAUCAAUUAUCCGAAAAGUUGAGCACAAAGGUGAAAAAUGUGAUUAAAUCGAGUCCGUCUACGGUGCUGGAGAAAGAGUUUGACUUUUUUGUCCCACCAAUGUGGAGCGCUGAUAGUAUUGCGGAAACAUCACCGGAGAUUACUACCGUCACGGAGGAGAUUGAGGAGUGGAUUUCCGAUAGUUACAGCUCCUUCGUGUCGCCCGUGUAUGGCGAACGACUGGCGAAUCACGCUGUGUCGUACAUACUCCGAAUUUUCCCCAGUUAUCCCCUGGGCGAUGCAAAGUUCCGCAUUUUGUGCUACUAUUUCAUAGUAGCGUUCAUUUUGGACGACUAUUUCGACGAUAACACGGGCGAAGGAGAUGGAGAUGAUUCCGCGGAGACGAAGAAGAUCAAAUAUUUUGAAACAGCGACCAACACUAUUGGCGAAAUGUUCGAAAUGAAAGGAGUUGGAGGGGGAAAGGAUGAAAUUGGCAUGUUUUUCAUGAAACAAAGACAAAUAAUUGCCUCAAAUUUUUCUAGAUUUCAACCAAGUCGCCACGAAGGCCAUGGGAAUGGACCUGUUUAAGGAACAACCAUUCUUCAUAGCGAUUGCAAACUCGAUCGAAGACACGUUACCCCAGAUUCAAGAGAUUAAUAAAGAAAUUACACUGAACAAGUUUUGGGCAGCUUUUAAGGUGGACUUUCGUCUAGGAUGCGAAUCCGUCCGCUGGACCCUGAUGAACGCGAGGAGUGGAAAGUUGGACUCGUUCUGUGUGGAUACGUAUCGCUAUUUUAAGGCUAAAGAAAGUGGCUUCGGAAACUUUCUAAACAUUAUCACCAUUCUGGAGUGCAUCGAUUUGCCCGAAGUGAUCCAGUGCAAUCCCGUCUUCGCCGUGUGGUUCGACAUAGCCAGAAACUGUUCGGGCUAAUGAACGAUGUCCUCGGGUUGCAGAAGGAUCUGUUGUACGGAGAAGAAGAUGGCAUGGUUAUGUUCAAGGUGAGAAAGGGGACCUCACUGAAUGAUGCGGUGGAUGAAGAGUUGAAACUGCUUGGAGACUACGUGAAAGAUUACAUGGAGCUGAGAAAAUCCCUGCUAACCGAGUUUGAGGAGAAAUACGGGCAGGUGGCGACCUUCGUCAAAUUCGUGGAUGCAGCCUUGCACGGGUCUCCGUAUACUUUUAGAGAUUCGAUCAAAUACGGAAUGAAGGACCAAAUUCGGAUGGACUAUAAAUAACCGGAUUUUUUUUUGUAAAAAGACCGCAUUUUUGCACACACUGUCAAAACAUCUUGUCGACUAAUUGAGCAGAUUUUAUAUACAUACUUAUUUUGAUGUGUAUAAGUAAAUGUAUGUACACAUUUACGUGCAAAAUAAUAAAU